AUGAUGCUCGAAGCUAUCCGGCUGGAGGACCCUCCUGGUUGGAGGUUGAAUGCUCAUGGUCUGCUAAAGAAGUCCUGGUCACCUCGCUUUCUGGCGCAUGCAUUAUUUCUGCUUGGCUUCGUCAUUCCGGGAUUCCUUGAUUUCAAAGUCCUGCUGGUCAAAGCCACAGGUGCAGUCUUCACCGUAGCCACGGGCAUGUGCUUUGGGAAACAAGGGCCUUUCGUCUACAUCUCAACUUGCGUUGGACACCUUGUUGCGAGACGCUUCCACAAGCACCGUGACAAUGGAAGGAAGAUGCGAGAGAUCUUUAUAGAGGAUUGCCUAUCUAGGAAAAUCACCUAUAGGAAGCUAUUGCAACUACCAUUGCACAGCAACAACGUCUUCGUCUUCCUAGGAGUCGCAGGCAGCAUCUUUGGAGAUCUCUUCUGCAGACUCGGCGAUCAGUUGAGAAGGAGAGGUUUGAUGGAUGCUGGAUUGGUGCUUGUGCAGAACGGUGGGAUGUUGGGGGAAUGGGAAUUGGAGUUUAGACUUACGGAGCUGGAACAACUUUAUAGGGAGGAUGCGGAGGUGAGGAUGUUAGGGGAAGCUGGGGAAGGAGAGUUUGAUCUGAGCCAUUUUGUGCAUCGAACACCGCUUGGUGUUUCUGCUGCUGCGCCGAUGGAGUAUGCCGCGUUGUGGUGUAUCUGGAUCAUCUGA